UCUCGCUCUUUAAACGUGGAGACAACUCAGGCCCGUUUGGUCCAAGUAUUCGUGGUUUACUCAGCAACUGCGCAUCCGAACAUACUACCUUCAGCCUCCAUAUCGGGACGAUGCCAUUUCUAUGGUUCCAAUCUCUCCAAGGUAUCCCACUUAUUCCACAGCAUAGGCGGAGGCAAUGGAAAGCGAAUCCUUACUGGCUGGUUCCGGUCGUCAUGCUCGCAUCAAUGGCGCGGGGUCUUACUAUGGCUCCACGGAUUCAAGUAUACACCGACAUUGCUUGUCGUGCCAUUGCAGAUCCGUUCCCUAGCUCAGGCGCCCUGGAAAAUUCCGUAGACUGCUCGUCAUCACCAGCAGCCCAAUCCCGUGCGGCGGCGAUACAAGCCUCGAUAACAACAGUUAUGAGCGUCCUAAGCGCCACAACCACUGGCCCUUGGAGUCGGCUGGGAGAUUCAGUUGGACGAAAGCCAAUAUUGUUCGCUAACCUUAUCGGUGCCAUGAGUUUGGAAUUAGUUUUCCUUCUCGUCUCCAUGCCCAAUACUAUCUUUUACAAUUAUGCCGAACAAUUCCUGAUGCUGGGAUUCAUUAUUGAUGGUUUGGUGGGAGGUCUCUCAGCCUUUAACGGCAUUUAUCAUGCGUACAUCUCAGAUUGCACGGAGCAUGGCUCUCGCUCCAAGAUCUUUAGUACCAUUCAGGGGCUGGUUUUCAUCGGACUAGCUGCCGGGCCGUCGUUCGGCGGUAUUAUAACAUCCCUCUUCACGAACAACACUUAUGACCUGUUCUAUGUCAGCGUCUUUCUCCUUGCGGCGCUUCAAUGCUACCUCGUGUUCCUUUGUCCGGAAUCUCUUCAGAAAAACAAUCAGACUGCAGACGAUACGCAUAUACCCACUCUAUCGCAGCUACGCUUGAAGAGACUGUCAUUAGCAUCGAUAAAACCCCACUUAGCAAAACUCAUCAAAGCCCUUCUCUCGCCAAUAUCCAUGUUCGCCCCUCGAACCCGUGUAGGACGAGCCUCCAGAGACUACAAUCUGACUUUGGUCGGACUCGGCCUAUUCCUAUACCUGAUUUCAAUUGGUAUCUAUCAAAUCAAGUACCUUUAUGCUAAGCAUGUUUAUUCUUGGUCAAGCUCCGAGUUGGGCUUCUACAUGUCACUUCUGUGGAUAUCGAGGGCCAUUAAUCUUCUCGUAAUAAUACCCGUAAUUGUUGCCUAUUUCAAGCCCAAAGCCGGGUCAGAAGGGUUCUCCAUCUAUUCUGAGAUGCAUUUCGACAAGCGUUUGGCUCAGUGUUCCUUUGCGGUUGAUGGAUUGGCGGAUGCUUUGGUGGCGAUAACACCGGCAUCAGCUCCACUGUUUACAGCACUGUCGUGCUUGAACUCGUUCACGUCGGGCGGUAAUCCAGCUGCUCAUUCACUCGGGGCGGUAUGUCUGCAUGCCAGUGGACAUAGCUCUGAAGCAGGGGCUUUGUUUGGUGCUAUGGCAGUUCUGUCUGCUAUCGCCCACACGAUAUCACCAACUAUCUAUGCCGUCACAUACGGAUCAACGGUGGCGUAUUUCCCUAAAGCAAUCUUUUGCCUCGCAGCCACAAUUCUGGCAACAGUCGUCUUCUUGCUAAGUUUGGUCCGAACCACAGGCGAUUUGGCAGCUCCGUAUACCAUGCUCUCCUCUGAAGACGAGCCCGGGCCUUCGAAUAGUGAUGGUGAUCACCGUACUCUGUCAUAAUGGGAUAUCGUGGUGCUUCCUCUGGUGCUGCUUGGAUACACAUCUCACCCUUCGGUUUCGUUAUAAAUCUGCCAAUUGCAAUUCGAAUGUUUCCUGUAG